UGAGAUAAAUUUUAUUUUUUUUUUGAUGAACUUGUCAAUUUCUUUUAAGACUCUAAGUUCUUUUUUAGUACACAACGCCACACUAGUCCACCACCACAGGCGGGGAGGAGGGUCAGAGAGAAACGGACGAGAGCCAAACUCCGCCAUAGCCCGACAUCGAACGCCGCCGCCAACGCCAAAGGCAGCCGAUCCGCCGCGAGGCAUUCAAGGUAAAUCGCUACUGCUCCGCCUGCUUGCCGCCAUUUUAUCAAUAGUUUAUAACCUUAUAAGGUUGAGCAAAAAAGCAAAGAGGAGAUGAACAAGAAGGAGGUGUUGAAGCUAGCGAAGGGGUUUAGAGGGAGGGCAAAGAACUGUAUAAGAAUUGCAAGGGAGAGGGUGGAGAAAGCGCUUCAAUACUCUUAUAGAGACCGCCGCAACAAGAAGCGCGACAUGCGCUCUCUUUGGAUCCAGCGUAUCAAUGCUGGGACUCGCCAGCAUGGUGUGAAUUAUGGUAAUUUUAUGCAUGGGCUGAUGAAGGAAAAUGUGCAGCUGAACAGAAAAGUUCUGUCUGAGAUAUCUAUGCAUGAACCCUAUAGUUUCAAAGCUCUCGUCGACAUCUCGCGGGCUGCUUUCCCCGGGAACAAGCCCUCCGUCGUCCCAACUCCUCUGGAAAACAAAAAGGGUCUUUCACUUCUCGUGUAACGAAAGCCGAUUCUCUCUCAAUUAGGGCUCUGUCUUUUACCUGCACCUUUUGUAUGAAUUUGUGAACAUGGAUUUCUUUCAAGGCUAAUGAGGUUUUUGGCAGAACAUGAUUAUUUUGAUUCUUAAAACUAGUGUCGGAAUUUGAAUGUUGUUCUUUGGGGCAGAAACGUUCGUGUUGGUUAGACGAAAACAUUAAUGGUAAGAGUUAUCUUUGGAUUGCAUUUCAGACCGCAGAGGAAAUGCUAAAACUAAUACGAAAUGGAACCAUUUUAUCUUUCAAAGGCACACUUGUAAUCUUGUGAGUAUUUCUUUUGGAUAAACUUUAUCUUUUGUG